CAUGCAGUAAUUCAGGCAGUGGUAACAUGAAAAAAUGAUUUUUCAAUGUUUAAUUAAUUUCAGUUGGAGGUCGAAUGUAUUUGUUUUAAGCAACUCAGCCACAACUCGAAUUUAGGUUGAUGAUCCAGCGAUAAAUAAUAUGCAUGAAGCUGGAAAAAUUCUGGUGUUAGAUGCGUGACACAGCAAUUUUUUGCUCAGGCUGAAAAAAUUUUCCUGUCAUUUCUCAGUGCGCUUGUACUGCGUCAGUCCGCCUUGUAGUAGCACCGAGACGCAACUAAACAUGUUUUGCUCGUGUAGUGAGCACUUUUCUGUUUCAAAAAUUCUGUCUCUUACAAUUUCGUGAUGUGCAAAAGCCUAAUUAGGCUUCUCGUCUCUUGCCAGUUUCUCUUUCUUGUUAUUCCGGAUGUUCCUCCUUCUAAUCCAAACACUCCUGAGUUUGUGGCAAACCGAAGGAAAAUGUUGGACUUGGUGCUCAACGACAAAUGCAAAAAGCUGAAUCACCUCAGCAGAGAAUUCAAGAAGGUUCAUGUUCUGCAUGGAUUCGCAAAGCCCCGGAAGUACUUGCGAUCGCUGCCACAAAAAAGGGAAUGGUUUGCUGCGAAGUCGGUCGCCAACCAAGCUUGCAAUGAGACGCUUCUCCUAUUCACCAAACUCCCCGACGAGGAGAGAACCGCUUGCGACGGCGCGUUUCAGCCCAUGUGUCGACUUAUUUCCAAAGAAAAGGGCUGGGUAUGCUCUGUCCUUUGGAGUGACGAGCUUGAGCCUUUUCCUCCAAAAAAACACGACUUUAAAUAUUGCGCGGAAAAGUCACUUGCGGUGGAUGAAGCCUAUCGCCAAAAAUUGGAGCCAGAAGUUGGCGCUGGCAGCUCACCUGGUCACCAACGCUGGUAUUCUCCAAGUAGAGGCAGCAAGAACUCAGACACGAGUAGUAGAAACUCUAAACGAAACCGCAAGAACGCUGAGGCCACCAACGAGAACGCCAUUAACGGUCAAGAAAGCAGCAGGUCCUCUGAUGAUGAGAGCGAGCCACUUACGAAAAGCUCCAGUUUAAUAAAACAGUACAGUGCAGAUAGCAAAAAUAGCCAAUGGAGCAAAAUCAGUAGUGGCAGGGACAGCCAGAGGAGCACGAGCAGUAAUGGAGGGGAUAACCAGAGGAGUACAAGCAGUAAUAACAAGAGUAUCCAGAGGAGUAAAGGCGAGAAGAAGGAGUAUAUUGAAGCCAUAAAGCGUGCUGCUAUUGCUGCGAAUACUGUUUUUCUGAAACCCUCGAUAGAAAAAGGUGGAGGAGCACACGGAAUGAAAAGUAAAGCAGAGAUGGCCAAAGACUGGGUGGCAAGUCAUGGGAAAAAAUUAUGGGAUAGAGGCAGAGAGGGUGUUUUAAAGACGGGCAAAACCUGGAAAGAAAAUGGUGGAGGAGCCCACAGGAUGAAAAAUAAAGCAGAGAUGGCCAAAGACUGGGUGGCAAGUCAUGGGAAAAAGUUAUGGGAUAAAGGCAGAGAGGAUGUUUUAAAGACAGGCAAAGCCUUGAUAGAAAAUGGAGGGGGAGCCCACAGAAUGAAAAGUAAAGCAGGAAAGGUCACAGACUGGGUGGCAAGUCUUGGGAGAAAGUUUUGGGAUACAAGCAGAAAGGAUGUUUUAAAGACGGGCAACCCCGGCAACCGUCAAGAAGGAAGCAGGAGCUCUGAUGGCGACGACACGGCAUCUACCAAAUACUACAGUUUCACAACACAGCACAGCGAUGAUAGCAGCAGUAGCCAGAGGAGCCAAAGUAGUAGUACAAAUAGCCAGAGGAGCCAAAGUAGUAGUACAAAUAGCCAGAGGAGCAAACGCAGUAAUGGCAGAGAGAGCCAGAGGAGUAGAAGUCGAAAGAGGGAGAACUUUGAAGCAGAGAGGCAGGCUGUUGCUGUCGCUGCUGCUGCUUUUGCUGCAAGUGGUGCUCUUGAUGAUGCCAGGGUAAAGAAGGAUGAGAAAACCGACAAAAUUAGAAAUAAACAAAAAAUGGUCAAAGAGUGGAUGGACAGUGAUGGCAAACAUUCCUGGGGUACAGGCGGAGAAAGUGAUUUAAGGACGGGCUACAGCCACCAACAUGACGUCAAGAGUCCUGUUAGGGACUCACCUAAGGUUAGGAACACGGGUAGGGCCAACAGCCCUAGCAGUUCCAACAGCCCUAGCAGUCCCAACCACGCCUUCUGCGGUAUUUCUUUGACCGUUAAGUUAAACAAAUACCAUCCAGGGGAUGUAUCGAUCAAUCCAUAGGGUUGUUGUAAGCGGAUUACCCAUAUGGACCUAUCCUGAAAUGCUAAGUCAAGGAGCAGUAAAUACAUAAGUUGCCGUAAGUUCACUGAUUGCAAAAUAUAAAUCAUAAGGCUUGUUUCAGACAAUAAAUUAUACUUUACAUUAAAGCCAAAAUGUUCCGACA